UAUACUGUGGUACCAUGUGUGUGCUGUUUUAAAAACGUCAAUUCCUAUUGUUAUGACCUGUCAAUAUUUUUACGUCAAAUUUUCAAAGUGGCUUUUUUGUUCAUUUUUAUGUUAAAUAUACGUGAAUUAUGCAACAAUUUAAUUCAUCAAUCUAAAUUUUUCCUGGUCCUAAAAAUGUUUACCACGGAUUUCAAUCAGUUAUUAUAACAAAAACCGAAUUUUUAGUUACUUAAUUUUUUUUUCUAUUCUACUUAAAUUUUAAUAUUUGCCCAAAACAAAAACAUCAGCCAAAAUGAGUGAAAAAGGUGAUGAAAAGGAAACGGAAAAAAUGUUACCACCAACAUUAUCGGCGGUACCAGCAUCCGUGCGAAAUAAUAAUAUACGAGCGAGUUCUGUACCAACGGAUAAUCGUAAAAAAUUAAAUAGUGCAUCGACGUUAAUUAAUAAUACGUUAAAUGAAGAAUCGACAAAUUCUAAUGAAAAUUUUUCGAAAUUAAAUAACAGUAAAUGUGCCAGAUUUGAUUUUUCUGGUUCAACAGGAUUAGAUGAUGAACUAUGCUACACAAAACAGGAGGAUGAAUGGGAAUGGGUACCACCAGACGGUGGUUGGGGCUGGCUAAUUUUAUUAGGAUCCAUGAUGGUUAAUAUUUUAGUACCUGGUACAGUUAAAUCGUUUGGUGUGUUGUUUGUCGAAUUUUUAGAAGUAUUUGAAGCAUCACCAGCAGCUGCUGCUUGGAUUCCAGCGCUUUGUUAUUUUUUAUACAGUUCAUUAGGACCAUUAUCAAGUAUUCUAUCCGUAAAGUAUUCAUACAGAACUGUCACUAUUUUGGGUGGUACAUUCGCUGCUGUUGGUAUGAUUGUCAGUUUUUGGGCAUCAUCUGUGACGUACUUAUAUUUUAGUUAUGGUAUUUUAGUUGGAACUGGAGCAGGUCUUUCAUUUCCACCAACUGUGUACAUAGUGACCAGCUAUUUUGUUCGAUUACGUGGUCUUGCCAAUGGUCUAUGUAUAUCUGGAUCAGCAUUAGGAUCAAUUAUUUUACCUCCUGUUUUGCGAAUAUUAUUGGAAUAUUAUGGUUAUAGAGGGGCUGUGCUAAUAAUGGGAGGUAUAACAUUACACGUUUGGGUCGGUGCAUUAUUUUACGAUCCAGUUGAAAAGCAUUUAAAGCGUGUAUUAAAAACAAGCUACGAUGAUGCGAUGAGCAUAACCAGCGGUGAUUUGCAGAACGAAUCAAAAGCACCAUUAAAUCAAAUCGAAUCAAAACAAAAUCAAAUCAUACAUUCGUCCACAAUUGACGAAUCCACAGCCAAAUUACAUGAUAAAUUAUUAACAAGUGAUAAAUCUAGUAGUAUAUUUGUUCGAAGUGCCUCAAGUGCGGCUGUACAAAAUUUCCAAAGUCCUGUUUUGGAGCGUACCCGUAAAAUAAGUAUGCCAAUGCCAAAAGAAAUGAAUAAUUCACAAAUGCACAGUACACCAGCAUUACAUGCUGUUCCCGAAUCCGUUGUACAUAAUCAUACUAGUUUCGAUUAUUUCUCGCAAACGAAUCUACCAUCGUCGCGGGUAUCGAGUCGUGUUCGUUUACCAAUCCGUUCACCGUCAACCAGUUCAUUUAACUACGUGAGCACACCAUAUCAUGGAAGUACAUUAUCCGCAAUACAUCCGCAACAAUUCGCUUCAUCGUUAACACUUAAAUCAAUAACAUUCAGUCCAAUAUCAAAAUGUAAACAUGCAGAGAAUAAUAAAAUUGACGAAGAAAAUUCUGAGGAAACAACCCAAAAACUUUUUGAUAUUUCCUUAUUAAAAGACCCAAUUUACCUAAUCAUUUUAAUAUCGAAUUCAACGAAUGCGAUUAGUUACACAAAUUUUAUUAUCUUGCUGCCAGCGUAUGCUACGUCUCUUGGAUUUGAUAAAACAUCCGCUGCGUAUUUAAUAUCCGUUGUGUCGGCGUUAGAUCUUGUCGGUCGAAUUGGUGGAUCUGCGUUAAGUGAUUUAAAUCUAAUCCCAAAAACAUGGUACUUUAUUGGAGGCUUGCUAGUAUCCGGUUUUGGAUUAGCGAUUUUACCCAGCACAAACACUUAUAGCAUGAUUUGUGUAUGUUGUGGGAUUUUUGGGUUGGCAUCAGGUAUUUAUGUUGGUAUUACUGCAAUUAUUAUGGCGGAUAUGUUAGGGGAGGAUCGUUUAACGUCCACAUAUGGUAUUUCGUUGUUUGUUAACGGUAUUUUACAGUUAAUCGGACCACCGUUGUGUGGUGUAUGGGUUGAAUUUUCUCAUAACUCCUAUGAUAGUUUAUUCUUUGCGUUGGGAUUGAUUUUAAUCGCUGGAUCGUCGAUUUGGAGCUUUGUUCCGUUUAUUAGACGAAAUAAAAAGAAGGAAGUCAUUGAAAAUAAUAGUAAACUAUUAAAAUAAUUCUUUUUUUUUUAAAUAAUUUUAAUAGUAUCUCUUUUGUUUAUUAUACUGACCGGAAAAUUUAAAAUGGAAUAUAACGUAUUAUUUCGAAAAUGAACCAGACGCAAAUACAGCAACGUAGAAAGAUGAAAGCUGGAUGAAUUGAAAAUUUCAUAUUGGGUUCUAUUGGAUUGAAUUGGAAUUCAAUCAGAAUGAAUUGGAAUUCAAUCGGAAUGAAUUGGAACCUUGAAUCGGACUUUUUUUAUCAGAGCGCUUACGUUUUUAUUCCCAUUUUAGUUCGACUCAGUGUCAGUAUACUUUUUAGCAUUUGUUAAAACCAAGAACAAAAACUUUAUUGUAUAUAGAAAUAUAUAUAUAUAUUUUUGAAUCAACUUCGGUUUCCUCCCCCCCUUUAAUAAAAGAAAAAAUAUUACUGUGACGAAUUUAAAUAAAUGGUUUCGAAAUUCGAAAUGGUGAGGUUACGAAAAUAUCGUUCCGUAAUUUUCCUUACCUAAUCAAUUCGAAUCAUUACGUGAAGAAAAAGAUAUCUUUUUUAGAUAUUAUUGAAGGGGGGAGGAUGUUCGAAGUUUAAAUCAUAUUUUUAAAAUGCCACAUCAUAGAUUUAUAAAAUUCAAUGUAGAAUUUUUCAUUUUGUUUUACGUUUUAAGAAAAACAAUUUUCAUGAAUUGUUCUCAGGGUAUAAACCGAACCACAUUUAGGAAUUUAAACGCACGCAUAGAUUUUAUUGAGGGAAAUGUGUUGUACAUUAAAAUAGAAAA